AUGAAGAUGUAUAAGCUAGCCUUGAUAAUAAAGCAGCAAAUAUCAGCAAUCGCUGAUGUUUGGCAUGACAAAUUACAUGCCUACAAAGUGAAAUGCACACCGUUCAGAGGUUUCUUGAGAUUAUGGAUGCUCCAACAGAAGAGGCCUCCGUUGGCAGUUGUACCCCACUUAUUAAAGUUUACUCCAAGUAUCAUGCUCUGA